UUAAGGAGCGGCCGCUAGUCUCUCUCGGGCCGGCGCGCGCGCAUCCCGCCGAGACAAAAAUACCCACUGGGCGCGCUGACAUGGGCUGACCGACACAAAAGAAAGCCAAUCGAUUCAAUAUCGACACAUUCCAUCGACUCGCGAGUGCUGUGAUCUGAUGUAGCGAUGUCUCCGACUGCCAUCGGCGCCGAACCGCCCCAAUGGUGCGGCAAGAUGGAGAACUGCCCUCAAGCGCUGCUGGGCUGGCUGUAUCUGACGCACGAUCAGAACGAUCAGUGGGUGCCCGGUUCAGUAUGGGGCCCGCUGCCCACCGCUGCGCCGGGGUCCGCCCAGCCGCCCAACGACGAAACCAGCUCCAUGGCGGAGCAGCUCGCCGCCCUGUCUCUGAGGCGGCCCCCUCGGCCCCCGCCACCGGCCUACAUGUGCCACCUGUGCUUCAAGAAGGGCCACUACAUUGGCGACUGUCCUCAAGCCAGACCAAAAGGCGAAGGGCUGACGCCGUAUCAAGGCAAGAAGCGGUGCUUCGGCGAGUACAAGUGCCCGAAGUGCAAGCGCAAGUGGAUGAGCGGCAACUCCUGGGCUAACAACGGGCAGGAGUGCAUCAAAUGCCGCAUCAACGUGUUCCCACAUAAGCAGCGGCCCCUGGAGAAACCUGAUGGACUGGACGUGAGCGAUCAGUCGAAGAUCCAUCCUCAGCAUCUGUGCCAGAAGUGCCGCUCGCUCGGCUAUUACUGUCGACGUGAAUACUAGUGACAGCUCUUAGAGCCUCCGCAAAUCACGCGCGUGAACGGAGCGGGUGCCCGCGGCGGGAACCCGCUGUGUGCGCCCGCGCACGGUACUGUAUCGAAAAUUAGUAUAAGCAGCGCGGAUUUUAGAGGAGGCCCUU